AUGCCCAGAUCUACUGUGCAUUGGCCACACGUCGCCGACAUGUUUGCCGAGUCCGAGCUGAGAGAAGUGGCACCCCAGGGAUGCCAGAUGCAUCUUUCCGUUUCGCUUACAUUAUCGAAGUUCCAGCAGGAAGAGGAAAACUGCGCAAGAGAAACAGAAGCACAAGAGAACGCGGAAUCGUGCCCCCCGACCACUCCCACCAGGUUUGAUCGAUGCCAGUCCUCUCCCCAGUCCUCCACCAAGUGCCGACCCGGCCGAAGCCGAUCCGAACCGCAAGAGACGAUGGAGCCGGACCCCAAGACCGACUCGGCGGAGGACCCCGAGCCCCCCGUGCCCCCCCGGGACGACGGGGCCACUCGGGCAACCCUGACUGAGUCGGCCUUCCGCGCCCUCGAGCGCCAGUACCAAGAGACCCUCGCCGAGCUCGAGGCCGUCCCCACCCUCAACAAGUACCGCGAAGAAUUCGAGCGUCUCUUCGGCUCCUUCAAGUCCUCCUUCGGCAACGAGCAGCAUCUCCUGGCGCUAUGCGGCGACCUACAGUCGCGUCGCUUUCAUCCAGCCCUCCAUCCAUCCAGCCCUCCAUCCAUGGAACCUCCGUCUUCCAGGUUGACCGAAGUGGAGGCCCAGAUGCUCGAAUGGCAAUCGGAGAAGGAAGAACAGCUGGAGUCCGGGAAGAUCCUGAAAGAGGCGGUGGAGGCUGCAGUCGAGGAGAGGUGCGCGGUCGAGGAGGAGCUGCGAACCGCGCUGGACCAGAGACGCGAGCUCGAAAGACUCUUGAAGAUCGACAUCGACGAAUUCGGCCAUCUGGAAUACCUGCCACCCGAAGCGACGAACUCGAGCAACUUCUACCCAGAACUGGAAGAUAGGGACGACGAUGGGCUCGAGUUCCCCUGGUCCAUCCCGAGACGCAGAGACGAGACCGGAAACUGCAAUCCCUUUCUCUCCCCCGACCAGGAAAUGGAGAACCGCGUGGGCCAAGAGACGCGCGCCAAGGAAGCCUCGGAGAGGGCCCGACGCAAGGCAGAGGACGAGCGCCAGAGCUGGGAGCGGGAGAAGGCCGAGCUCCGAGCCGAGCUGGAGGGCCUGGGGGUGGGGCUGCAGGAGCGCGCCAGCGAGGCCCGCCAGAGCGCGGACGCGUCCUCCAGAUUCCAGCAGGAAGCGGAGGCCCUCCGGCUGGAGCUGGACGGGCUGUCCCGUGCGAACUGGGUCCAGAGCGAGUCCAUCCGCGAACUGGAGGAGACGAUGUCCGCGCUGAGCCGGGACGUCGUCGCGAAGGAAAAGGAUAUCGCCGCGCUCCGUGACGCCCUCCGAGAGAGCGACAAGGAACUACAGGACGUCAAGAAGCAGCUGCAGACGUCUCGCAUCAGAUUGUCCACUUCGGAAGCCCAGAGGAAGGGGAUCUGGUGGCAGCUGAAAGAGGCCCAUCGGGAACUCAUCGCCACCCGGCGUCAAGUCGAACGCGAGAGGCACUCCGUUCAACGUCUGACUCGCGAAACGGAAACCCUCCGUCAAUCCUGCCGCAACUUCGAGUCCGGACUCGAGGACAAAGACAAAAGCAUCCAGCUGAUGAAGAAAGAAGACGGCAGGAAAGACGAAGAACUCUGCAAGCUCCAGAGAGCGAUAUACGUCCUGGAGGAAUCCGUCACCGGCGUCACCCGAGAGAGAGAUCGCAUCCGAGGCGAACGGGAAACCCUGAAGGAAACCAUCGAGGGGAUGCGAGCGGAGAUCCACGCCCUGGAAACGCGCCUGGCCGAAGAGCGCCGAGCGACGAAGGACCUGAAAGCCGGACUCCACGACCGCGACCUGCGACUCUCGGAAGUCUCGGCCCAGAAGAACAAGUACCUCCGCAAGGCCUCCGAGGCGGAAGAGAACCUGGCCCAGACGUCGGGGAAGAUGAAGCUCCUCGCUCACCAGCUCCACCAAGCGCGCGAGAAGCAAGACUCGACCGCCAAGGCCCUUGCAGCCGCCUGCCUCACCGACGAGACGCUGCGGAAAGACGUCUCGAAGCUGAGGGAGCAGGCGAACGCGGCGAAGGAAGAGAAGGCGGCUCUGGAGGCCGCCCUCCGCCGCUCGGUCGACGCCCACGCCGCCCUCGAGCGCCGCCUGGACGACGCCGACUCCCGCAUCCGCGAGGCGGACGAGUCCCUCCGCACCCUCGCGAAGGAGCGCGACGACCUCCGCGCCCAGCUGGUCGAGCGCCGCGACGAACUCGAGCUGACCAAGGGCGAUGCCGCUCUGGGCCGACGCGUCAUCUCCCGCUUCGACGCCGACCGUGCCUCCCUCGCCGAGGAGAACCACCGCCUCUCCGCGGAACUCGCCCGCAAGGAACGCGAGCGAUCCCUCGCCCUCGCCUCCCUCGCCUCCACCGAGGAGAAGCUCCGCCGCCGCCUCUCGCUCGAGGAAUCCCUCCGACGAGACGCCGCGACGCUAGAACGCGCCAAAGCCGAGCUCUCCGUCCCCGUGAACUGCCACCGCUGGCGAUACCUCGAGGGCCGAGACCCCACGAAGGUGCAACUCCUCCUCAAGCUCUCGACCGUCCAGCGCCGGCUGGUGAAGAGCGCAAGGCGGAGCGACGACAACCAACGGCUCCUCGAUCAACGCGAGAAUCUCUGCCUCGACCUCAUGAAGAGGCUGGAAAGGGCCGACCGACUCCAGGAGAAGUAUUCCCAGCCCACUACUUACCGAUCUCGAUCCCUAACGGACGAGAAGGAAAAGGAGGAGGAGGAGGAGAAGGAGGACGAGGGGGAGGAGGAGAAGGAGGAGGAGGAGAAGGAGGAGGAGGACAAGUCGUAG